AUGAAGGCCGGGAUCGCUGGAGAUAAUGAGCCGCGUGCUGUGUUUCCCAGCAUUGUUGGUCGUCGUCGCGACAAAAAUGAUGGUCGCGUGGGGCGAUCGGAUAAGGAUGCUUACGUUGGUUAUGAAGGCCUGGCCAAGCGUGGAGUCAUGACGCUGAAGUAUCCUAUCGAGCACGGUAUUGUGACGAACUGGGAUGACAUGGAGAAGGUUUGGCAAUACAUCUUCUACGAUGAGCUUCGUGUCACUCCAGAGGAGCAACCGGUGCUUCUGACUGAAGCUCCUAUGAAUCCCAAGCAGAAUCGCGAGAAGAUGACGCAGAUUAUGUUUGAGACUUUCAACGUGCCGGCGACGUAUGUCGCCAUUCAGGCCGUGCUCUCCUUAUACGCCAGCGGUAAUACCACUGGCAUUGUUCUGGAAUCCGGUGAUGGUGUGACCCACGCUGUCCCCAUCCACGAGGGUUACGCUCUGCCCGACGCCACUCUCCGUUUGGACCUUGCUGGUCGAGAUUUGACUGAUUACCUGGUUAAGCUCUUAGGUGACAGGGGUUACUCCUUCUCCUCAUCCGCCGAGCGGGAAACAGUGAGGGACAUCAAGGAGCGGCUAGGUUACGUUGCUAUUGACUUCGAGCAGGAGAUGGCGACUGUAGAGGGCUCGUCGACACUGGAGAAGAGUUAUGAGCUUCCUGAUGGCCAGGUUAUUACCGUCGGUUCUGAGCGUUUUAGGUGCCCAGAAGCGCUCUUUAACCCGUUGCUGGUUAGUAAGGAAUUUCCAAGUAUCCACCAGAUUGUCAACGACAGCAUCAUGAAGUGUGACGAAGGUAUCAGGCGGAAUUUGUACAGCAACAUUGUUCUCAGCGGCGGUACCACUUUGAUCCCUGGAAUCUCUGAGCGCAUAACCAAGGAAGUGACUCAGCUGGCUCCAGCCAACUACGUUAAGGUGGUUGCUCCACCUGAGCGGAAGUACAGUGCCUGGAUUGGCGGAUCCAUGUAUGCGGCUCUGAGCACCUUCCAGCAGAUGUGUAUUACGAAGAGUGAGUUUGAGGAAGUUGGUCCAUCCAUUGUUCACACGAAGUGCUCCAAGUUGUGUACUUAG